UUCUAGAGAUUUAUAGCCCCUGAGUGACCAUGAAGGUGCUUGUUCUCUCUCUGCUUGUGGCGGGCGCCAUGAGUGCCAUUGUGGAAUUCAAAGAUCGAGAUAUUUUUGAGCCACUCUCAGAUGAGAUGAUUUGGUUUAUCAACAAACUGAACACAUCAUGGAAGGCAGGCCAGAACUUUGACCACAUUCCCAAAGAAGACCAACUGGCUCAUGUAAAGAUGAUGUGUGGGACCUAUCUAAACACACCCCCAGAACUGAGACUCCCAGAGAAAAGGAUGGUGCCUCUUAAGGACAUCCCAGAAACCUUUGAUGCCCGAACUCAGUGGACCAACUGCCCAACACUGAAGGAGGUCAGGGACCAAGGAGCUUGUGGAUCUUGUUGGGCUUUUGGUGCUGUUGAGGCCAUGUCUGAUCGUAUCUGCAUCAAGUCUCAGGGAAAAGCAAAUGCUCACAUCUCAGCAGAAGAUCUAACAGCCUGCUGCAGGACCUGUGGAAAUGGCUGUGAGGGGGGUUUCCCAUCUGCUGCCUGGAGUUAUUAUGAAAGAGAUGGUCUUGUAACCGGAGGGCAAUACAACUCACACCAGGGGUGCCUACCAUACACAAUCAAGGCAUGUGAUCACCAUGUGGUAGGAAAACUCCAACCAUGCUCCAAAAAGAUUGGCCCCACCCCACGCUGCGAGAAGAAAUGUGAAGCUGGCUACAAUGUCACUUAUGCUAAGGAUAAGCACUAUGGAAUGUCUGCUUACAGCGUACGUGGUGUGGAGAAAAUUCAGACAGAGAUCAUGACUAAUGGCCCAGUAGAGGGCGCUUUCACAGUCUACUCUGAUUUCCCACAAUACAAAUCUGGUGUUUAUAAGCACACAACUGGAAAACCCCUUGGUGGACACGCCAUUAAGAUUCUGGGGUGGGGAACUGAGAACGGAGAUGAUUAUUGGCUGGUGGCCAACUCUUGGAAUCCUGACUGGGGAGAUCAAGGAUUUUUCAAGAUCCUGCGAGGCCGAGAUGAGUGUGGAAUUGAGUCCCAGAUUAGUGCAGGAGAACCCAAACUACAAUAAACUCGAGCCUACGGACUCAUUGUUACAUUCCAUUACUCACAAACAUGAGAUUACCAAGUUGUUUAACUCACAUUGUGAAAAAUAAUUGAAGUGAUACUUUGAAAAUGGUGCUCAAUAAUUUUAUUUUCAAGCAGUGUUGUUCUUUAUAUACAUCUUUGUACAAAUGAGAUUUGAUACUUUAAUACACACAAGUUUUCAAAAAAUAAAUUUAUUAAAAAGAUUGA